AAUGCAAUUGAUCUGGGACAUUUAAUCAAUCGAUGAAUCAAGGAAUUUCUCUGUGCAACAACAGCGCAAACACCAAUGCAUAACAACAGAUGUCCAAGCCGCCAUCCAUCCACCACUGUCUAACACGUGUGACACGUUGAAUUUAUUAAACAUGCUAAUUUAAAGUACAUGUUUACUGCUAAACAGAAGGGUGUACAUUUGCUCCGGGCGAACUGAAUCUGUUAUGAGAGCAACUGACCACCAUGCAGACACAACAAGUCCUCAGGCUUUAUGCAUUGAGUAUCUCGCCACGCUUUCAGACCGCUUGUCAUAUCACAGCAGGUUUAGACUUUUUUCUGUUAUAAACCCCUGAUAUUAUCAAGCAUCAGUUUUUUCAGUUGGCUAAUAUCAUACCAUCGCCUGACUUCUUGUUGUGAUGCGAGGUUUCGAUUUGACCGGUUUGAACGCAUCAGUGGUGCUUAUCACAAGCGAGUUGUUGCAGGUUUGACGAGCGGUUUUGUUUUUACAUACAUUCUGACCUCAGGGCCUGCUGGAGUGCCGCUUGAGUCAUGAGCUUUUCGUACAGUGUACGAAUUAUAACACAACUGCCCAUCAAUCACAAGAGGAACAAGACAAAGACUUCCUAAAAGUGACUUGUGCAGACAGUCUAGAAGAUCUGGAAUUAGAUUACGAGAAUUACAAGUACAGUUGCAUCAGCACUAAAAGGUGGAGAAGUCUCCGUUGAGAAACUGCGGAUGUCUUCGUUAGACUAGAUGAUGUAGGGUUUCUCUUCCUCUGUGACAGUCUAGUCUAAGUACAAAAUGUUCUCUGGUAGUGAGAAUAGCUCAGCUUUUUUCUCAACAAGACCUUCUUACAGUUUAACAUUUAUUCAUGAGGCAAAUCCUCGGCGCUCAUUCUAAAUGUGACUUACCUCAGCAUCUGCAGGUGAUGAUCAACAUUCUUCGCUCUGAAGAUCGCAUCAAACUGGCGGUGCGGUUAGAGAGCGCGUGGUCGGACCGUGUGCGGUACAUGGUGGUAGUCUACACAAAUGGCCGUCAAGACACUGAGGAGAACAUCUUGCUGGGCAUGGACUUCAGCAACAAAGACAGUAAGAACUGCUCUAUUGGGAUGGUGCUGCCACUGUGGAGUGAUGCCAAGAUUCAUUUAGAUGGUGAUGGAGGCUUCAGUGUGACUACCGCCGGGCGCAUGCACAUCUUCAAGCCAGUGUCAGUCCAGGCCAUGUGGUCAGCACUGCAGAUUUUACACAAGGCAUGUGAGGUGUCACGAAGGUACAACUAUUUCCCUGGUGGCAUGGCGCUCACAUGGAUGGGGUACUACGAGAGCUGUAUCAGCUCUGAACAGAGCUGCAUCAAUGAGUGGAACGCCAUGCAGGAUCUGGAAACACUGCGACCAGACUCUCCUGCAAUUUUCGUUGACAAGCCAACAGAGAGGGAGAGAACAGAAUGUCUAAUCAAAGCCAAACUCAGGAGUAUCAUGAUGUACCAGGACCUUGAAAAUGUCACGUCCAAAGAGAUUCGUAAUGUGCUGGAGCAACAGAUGAACCGCAACCUGAAAGAGUACAAAGAGUUCAUUGACAAUGAGAUGCUGCUUAUUCUUGGGCAGAUGGACAAAGCCACGCUCAUCUUUGACCACCUCUAUCUGGGUUCUGAAUGGAAUGCUUCAAAUCUCGAGGAGCUUCAGGAAACUGGGGUGGGCUACAUCUUAAAUGUUACGCGGGAAAUAGAUAACUUUUUCCCAGGAACAUUUUGCUACCACAACGUCCGAGUGUAUGACGACGAGACCACAGACUUACUGGCCCACUGGAACGAUACGUACAACUUCAUUGUCAAAGCAAAAAAGAAUCAGACCAAAUGCUUGGUUCACUGUAAGAUGGGCGUAAGCCGCUCGGCCUCUACAGUGAUAGCAUAUGCCAUGAAAGAGUACGGCUGGUCUCUGGAGAAAGCGUAUGACUUUGUCAAACAGAAACGCAGUAUCACCCGUCCCAAUGCCAGCUUCAUGAGACAGCUGGCAGAGUAUGAGGGCAUACUGGAUGCCAGUAAGCAGCGUCAUAACCGCCUGUGGCACCCUGAUUCAGAUUGCGAUCAUCCUGAUUGCCAGCAAGCUGCUGCCCCUUGCUGUGUGAACUCAGAGACUGCGGAUCAUGUCACCCCAGAGUCCACGAACCCCCGGGUCACCAUAUGCUGUGAGCCUACUGCCCACUCCUCUCCAAUUAGCCUAGAUCUGGACCCAAGCCACCCACAAAACUACCACUAUUACUUCCGUCGCUUGUCAGACUCAGCCCUCGACAGCGACCCUUCCACACCAAUCCAUGCACCGCCUCUGGUGAACGUAGAUCGCGUCUACAUCGAGGUUGCAGAUGUGGAGCAAGACGCGCUCCUCGAUGAUGAAACUUUAGAGGGGCGCGAGGGGCUUCCUGUACCACACUUCAGUGCCCCAGGAGAGGGCACAGCCGCUCAGACCUGUUCUCGAGGGGCAGAGCCACUGGAGGAACUACGUCUGCGGCUGGAGUUCAGCACGGUGGAGGAGGAGGAUGAAGAGGAGGCUCAGAAAGAGCAAGCAGAAAUGGAGGCGUUAGCAGAGGGAGCGAAGAGAGGAGAUGGGAAUGAUAGUGAAGAGUUGUCACAUGAUAAGGGGAUUGAUCUCGCAAGCCUGAACCAUCUGUGCAACGAGAACUCCAACAACAACAACCACCUCAAAACACAACAAAUUCUUACUGAAAGUGCCCAUCUGAAGCAGCAUCGUUCUGGUUCAUCGUUUGCUUCCAAGCCCACCCAGAGUGCUCUGUUGGAGGCUAACAGACGAGGCCUUGCCCCUUUACCCCUCAACAGUGUGCCCAGUAUCUCAAUUCAGACGCUACCCUGUGCCAACUUGUCCGUGACAGCCAAGUGUGGCAAACUUGCCUCAGAUCUGUGCCUUGAUGCCAAUGCAAUGUCCUUAGGGCAUAAAGAUAAGCCAGAAAGCAAAUCUCUUGACCAAGAAACUGAUAACCGGACAAUGUUGUUUGAAGCCAAAGGGGAAGGAGAUUCCAGGCAGAAAGAGAAUGAUGCACAGGGUUCCUCAGCUCUACUCAGGAACGAAAGAGAGAUAAAUCAUUUGGAGAAGGCAGAGGCAUCUUGUUCUGUGCAACAGCAAGAGACUCUGGUACAGCUGCAACGCUCCGGCCUCGUUCGCCGGCGGAAAGAACGCUUGGAAAAACUUUCCGGUCUCUUUCAGGAGCGUGCACGUGCAAAUGAGCAACGGGGAGCCAGUUCAAGCAAAACUGAGGAUGCAAUGAACAAUUCCAGUGAUUCAACCGACCCUUUCCACAGGCCCUUUGGAGCACGGGCAGAUUUCGCAACCGAAGCAGCGGUGCCACUGACGAACGAGGCUUUGCUGGCGGUCCUAGGUUCGGGCGGCUUGACGCCGGUCUCGUCCCCGCACGGUUCCACGCUCACUCGCAGCUCCAGCAGCGACAGCCUACGCAGCGUCCGUGGCAAACCUGGCCUUGUGCGCCAACGUACGCAAGAAAUCGAAGCCCGAAUGCGACUUGCAGGACUUACUGUUCCUUCCCGACUGAAACGCUCCAACUCGCUCGCCAAACUGGGCAGCCUAACCUUCUCAUCCGAGGACUUGUGCUCAGCAUGCUCCUCUGAUGCCGGGACCCUUCUCAUGCACUCGUUGUCCCCAGAACCCGAGCGCUCACUCAGCCCAGAAUGGGCCAAACCCUGGCCCUCUUCCUCCUCCUCGACCUCCACAAACAUGGAGGUCUUCAACCAAGGUGAAGCAGGACCUGAAGAGUCCAAGAGCUGACAACGGGAGAUUUUAGCACAACAGUACCUUCGGUUUCAGCUUCACUUGCAGCAAUGUUACUCUGAGAUAUUUUUAGGUUUUUUAAAACAUUUCAGCCACUUGGGGACGUUGGUCAUUUAUGGAAGAGUGAACAUGAGUGGAAGAGUGUCUUUGACAAAAGAAUUGGUUUCUGUUAUGAAUAUAAACAUAAUUUUCAAUAGGUAAAAUUCUGGACAGGCUUUCGUUGCAUGGAACCCAAAUGGAUGUGUAUAGCACUGACUGACAAACAGUUCGUGAGGUAUUUACUGCUCUUCCUCUCUGUUGUUCUGAAGCUAAAUAAGCACUCGCCAUCCCAGAGGCUGUUACUUGAAAGCGUCAAAAUAGACCAUUGUGUAAUGUUUCCAUCAGCCCACCCAUUUAUCGCAUAUAAAUCACUUAUUUGUGGCCCAGUAUGAGUCACAGAUUCCUUCGGACAUGGGUUGCUUCCUGGCUGGACAGUAAAAGGAAAUGGACUCUUUGCAGUGAUUAGGAAAGUUCUUGUAUGCCGAUGGACUCUUUUAUCAUUCGCAGAGCACUGAUGAUUCACUCACAGGUUUCAAACCAAUACCUCAUACCAGUACAGUACUGCUCAUAAACCAGGAAGAUCACGAAACAGGACGACUGGCAGCACUUCCAUGUGUGUGUGUGUGUGUGUGGAGGCUCAUCAGGAAAGAGCACGUUUGUUUUGAUUCUUUCUAAUACGUGAUGUGGAGGGUGAGGAAAGACAAUCAUUUCGAAGGAUAAAGAAAAUCAGAGGCGAUAUCAAGCUGCUGUUCUCCUUCCACUGAAACGUUCAUACAUGAAUGUGACUGUCCAUGUUGCUGUCAAAAUAGCAGUAGGGUUUUUGGGAAGUGUUUGGGUCACUAUUACUGUUACAGUCUCUAAUAGCACAUACAUGUACUUGUAAAGAUUUUAUAUCAAAGGGAGCUCCUCCGUUGUAGAUUCUCUAGCACCUCUCUGCUCCGUGUUUUACCCAGGUAUAGAACGACGACUGUUAUUUUUCAAGACUUGUUACCUUUGUUCCAGAGGCAGUGGCUUGUUUAGGCAGUUUGCUGAUUCCCACCAUGCUGUGGCUCUACUCUUCUAACUCAUUGUCCUGUUUGUAAUUGCUGUCAGUUUUCCACAAUCAAAAUCAGUGGAAGGUAGAUUGUCUUUUGAAUUAAAUCUACGCUCCGAAACCAGAUCAAACAACACUCACAAGUCAAAGAUGUGGCUUGGUUUCAACAACUGUUCAACUGUGAGUGUGUGUAUCUGUAUGGGUGAAUCUCACAAAAGAGAAAAAAUAAGAAAUCAUAUUUCGGAUGUAUGAAACUGAAACAAUAUUUUUUUUUAUAACCAUUAACAUUUUAUAUAAUCUUUUAUUGUUUUUUUAUUUAGUUUGUUUUAUUUCCUGUGAGCAAUUCCCAUUACUCUCAGUGAUGAGUCCCUUUAGAUUCUCAUGAAUGAAGUGCAAUCGUUUUUAAACUGGCAUAAAAUAAAAGCCAUUACAAUGAUUUAUAAAUAUUUUUUAAUCUAAAUAUUAAAUUGCUAAUAUAUCACUUUGCAAUAUAAUAAAAAGAAGUUACAUUAUUUGAAUUGAAAAUGAAUUUUAAAAAAUAGGAAUCAUUUUAUACAUUGAAGCAAAACGUGAUUUUAUAGAUUUUAUUUGAUAUUUGCGUUGAAAUUUGUCCCAGACAUAGUUCUUGACAGUGAGAUACCCGUUUCUGUGUGUUUUAGUCUGAGCACACUUGCCAUAGCAAUUUAUGUGAUCACAAAAGCUUUGAUAAAUGACAUUUGCUCAUGUCCAUGUGUCAACUGGCCUUUAGUUACCAAUCAGCUUGAGUUGAAGUACUUGAGGUUUAUUAUGCAGCAUACUUUCCCAAUGUUUUUUAAAACUGAUUUCGUACAUGCAUCUAUGCUACCACCUCGAGUUUGAGCAACAGAAAUGUGAAGUUUGCGAGUGUGUGUGAGUGAGCGGUGCCUUGCACAGCGGCUACACCGCUACUGUGAACUAUUUAUGAACACAAACUCUUUCAGAGUGUGUGUGUUUGUGUGCUUUAAUGUUAAAAACAUGAGCAGGCUCAUAGUAUACACAGUCUCCACCUCUACACACACAGCAAUACACUGUAUGUAAAUAUGUAUGUGGGUCACAUUUACAGAAUUUCUGGAAGUUCAUGGUACUUGCAUCUGAAAGUCAACUUGAAUCGGUUCCCCUGUCCUGUAGGAGAUGCUUGCCUGAACGAUUUUUGGUUGAUUGAACGAGUCUCCUCAACACUAUUUAAUCUUCCUUCUGUGGGCUGAAUAUAAAAACUGAAAGGAGAAAGAAGCCAGAAAGCUGUUUAGUGUCAUGAACCGUUGCGUGCAUCCUUUUUAAAUGUGCCCCAAGCCCUCCUCCUCUCACCCAAGUCUUUGCCAUUUUGUGUCUGAUGCCAUAUUGAGGUCAAAUCCAAGAUUACAGAUGAAAUGUUAUUGGUCUUGUGUCAUCAACAUCAAGUGCCUUACCCAGAAGCACUAGAGGCAUUGUUCUGUGUUGACUCCCAUUUGAUAAUGUUGCCAGUUAGAGCAGAGGCCAAGGGGUUACAUGGGCACAUUUUAAAGCUGCCAGACAUUUUCCUGUCAUACACUCCUACAUUUUAUUGUUGUAUUAGGGAAUAUAGAAAAGGAUCAUUGAUAUUUGGCAUUAUUUCCUUUUAAUUAAAGAGAAAGACACUGCAAACUCAUCAAAGUUGUCGCCAAGUUUUGGAGGGUUUUCCUUUCCAAAGGAGCGAGGGAGGAUUUGAUGCUAUUCGAGUAUGAAGUGAUAACCAAAGUUUUGCAUUGAGGAUCAAUAUUAAAUGUCACAUUUGUUGAUGCUGAUACUGUAGAUUCAAGCUAUCAGUGGCUUUUUUUUUUUUUUUUUUUCAGAAAGUUACACUGGUCUGUUCCCAAAUCAUCCACUGACUUUCCUCUAGUUGGUUAUUGAGCCUCCUUUUUUCUUUUUUCUUUUUUUGUCAAAUAGCAAUGCUGUUAAAUUGCGAUGCUCACCAAAUAGGGAGCGCUCGCUCCUCAUCCGGUCAUCAUUGUUAUCGCUAUUAAGUAUGCAGUAAUUUUGUCCUUUGUACUGCAGAUUUGCUGUAGUUUCAAUGCAUAUUGCACUUUGUACAUUUUGUUGAUGAUGUACUGUAUGUGUUUAUUAUGGGAAUAAACGUUUUCUUUCAA